AAGAAGAAAAAGAAGAACGGUCUUGAUACUGUUAGUUUUGCUAUUUAACUCAGGGCUUUCAGGGACGCUAUAAAAGUUCCUAUAAUAAGUUAUCAUUUGAUCGAUAAUUUACCCUAUCUAUACCUACGUUCACGCCUGGCUACCAUUGAAUGACAAAACUGCAAAUCGAUGUUUUUUAUUUUUUAUUUUUUAUUUUUUAUUUUACGUUUGCUAGAUAGCUAGCCUAUUUGACAGGUUAUGUGCAUCGGACAAAAAUCAGCGUUGUUCCGGUUAACCGAUCUCACUUUGCAUUCUUUGUUCGUGAUUUAUGUGCAUCAAUGUGGAGCUUUUUAAUUGAUUCAAUUCAAUUGACGGAGAUAGCUAGUCAACUUAUGCAUAUCGGUCGUCGGACAGGCUGAAGAACGAGCGUACCUGUAGGGUGCUGCAUAAACUUCAAUGUCCGCUGAAGUUCCUGCUGCUCUGUUAUUGCCAUAACGAAAUUUUUACCGUGAGUAAUGUUUACCAGCCUGUAGGACAGGUGAAGCUUAUUCCUGAUGGAUGUCAGCCCAAACCAGUGGAUUGCUGCAUUAUCUAACAUCACUCUGUCACUCUUUGCGUUGCAUGCAGCUUUUCAACUUUUUAAGGACCACAGGGCUCCAGCAGUGGGCUUCUUCCUCGUGGGCAGCUCUGCAGCUCUUUGCUCUCUGCCCCUCUCCUGCGCAGCUGUGCUCUGUGUCCAGGGGGAAUUGGAGUGGGCAGGGGCAGUUCUGAGCCCGGCGCUGGUGUCUUUCGGCUUCCUGUGGCUGAGCCAGGACCACUCCACCGCCCACGUGCUGUUGCUGGGCUCUGCGUCUCUUCUGGGGCUCCACGACUGGCUGUCCCUGGAGACCCUGGUGGUGAUGUCGCGCUGUUCUGCGCUUUCGUCGCUGUGCUGCUCGCUAACUGUCUGCCUGUUCACAGCCAAUGUGGCUGGAGCCUUGGGGAGCGUGGCCCUCAGCCUGCCGGCACUUGUGGCCCCUGUGCCUGGGGCCAAGGCUUUCACCUCUCUGGUUGCUCCUGGGGCUGCGGAAGGUGUUCUGAAGUGUCUGCUGAAAGGACUGAUGGCGAUUGGGUGCCUGUCCACUAAAAAAGCACUGGGCAGGUACCUGCUGGACCUUCAGAGGUUGGGUUGAACUGGCUUCAGGUGUCAUUUCCCUCAAACUAAUCCCUUUGAUGCCCCCUGGUGGACACUCAUAUCAUGGACACAGUGGCCACAAAUGCAAUGUAUGUGCGACCUGUUCCGUGGUAAAACCUAAAUCACUUCCCCUAUACAUUGACCCAAGUAAACAUUUAAAGUGGUAUUUGAAUGAGAAGCACACAACUGCUGCAGUGUAAUGAAUAGAAAUUGAAAUGCAUGAUGCUGACAGAGCCCUUGGCUAAAGGGAGGGUGGAGUGGAAGGCAUUGUUUCCAAAUGCAUUUCAACAUAAAGCAAGCUAUUGUUCUGAGAAAGAGGCACAUGAUCCUUGGGUCUUCCUCCACUAGGCUGUCGAUGUCAGAAUAAAAUGUAUUCAAGCCCUUUCAGU